GGGUAGUUUGGUCUUUUCAGUUACUAAGCUAUAUGGUAUAUACACUGUCCAGAUCUAUUCCAUUUUCAUAUAAUCCCGCGAUUUUCUGUUUCAGCCUUGGUCUUCAUUUUCCUUUCUGAGAAAACAGCAAGUGUAUGUGGCAUGGAGGAUGAGAAUUAUGCAAGUGGAUUAUGGAGAACGAAAUCGGAGCAAUUAGAAUCAGUGGCUGAAGAUUUGCAGUCGACUCCGGGGUCGACCGAGUCGAUCAGAGUGGCGGAUGGUGGUAGCGGGAGUCUUACAAGGAAGUCGAGGAGGGCGUCGCCGGGCGGAAGAAACACACACAUAAGGAAAGCGAGGAGUGCUCAAACAAAUUUGAAAGUUGAGUUGGAUGAAGUUAAUAAUGGUGCUGCUCUUAGCAGAGCUUCGAGUUUGGGACUAUCGUUCUCUUUCACUGGAUUUUCUGUUCCUCUUGAUGAAGUCAGUAGCUCCAAACCAUUCAGUGAUGAUGAAGAUAUUCCUGAAGAUAUUGAAGCUGGAAUCCAUAAGCCAAAGUUUCAAACUGAACCAACUCUACCAAUAUAUCUAAAGUUCACGGAUGUGACAUACAAGGUAGUGCUCAAAGGCAUGACAAAAAGUGUUGACAAAGAAAUCUUGAAAGGGAUUACUGGUUGUGUAAAUCCAGGAGAAGUUUUAGCGUUGAUGGGUCCCUCAGGAAGUGGAAAAACAUCUUUGUUAAAUCUAAUUGGAGCUAGGUUACAUCAACCAACUAUUGGUGGAUCUAUUACUUACAAUGAUCAACCAUAUUCCAAGUUCCUGAAAAGCAGGAUUGGAUUUGUGACACAAGAUGAUGUUUUGUUUCCUCACUUAACUGUCAAAGAAACAUUGACAUAUGCCGCUCGUUUAAGGUUGCCGAAAACAUUAACUAGAGAGCAGAAGGAAAAAAGAGCUUUAGAUGUUAUCUAUGAGCUAGGCUUGGAGAGGUGCCAAGACACUAUGAUAGGAGGUUCCUUUGUUCGAGGAGUAUCUGGUGGAGAGAGGAAGAGAGUUUGUAUUGGCAAUGAGAUAAUAAUCAAUCCUUCACUUUUGUUUCUUGAUGAGCCAACAUCUGGUUUGGAUUCUACAACUGCCUUGAGAAUAGUUCAAAUGCUACAUGACAUAGCUGAGGCUGGUAAGACGAUAGUGACAACAAUCCAUCAACCAUCAAGUAGACUAUUUCACAAAUUCGAUAAGUUGAUCCUUUUGGGAAAAGGGAACUUGCUUUACUUUGGAAAAGCAUCGGAAGCAAUGGACUACUUCAAAUUCAUAGGGUGUUCUCCUCUCAUUACAAUGAACCCAGCAGAGUUUCUAUUAGAUCUUGCAAAUGGAAACAUGGUUGAUAUUUCUGUACCAUCAGAGUUAGAGGAUAAAGUUCAUAUUGAAAACGCAGAAGCUGAAACAUCAAACGGGAAGCCAUCAGCCGCAGUUGUACAAGAGUAUCUAGUGGAGGCAUAUGAGACUAAAGUAGCAGAAACUGAGAAGAAAAAGAUAUUAGUUCCAAUUCCUCUUGAUGAAGAAAUGAAGUCUAAGGUUCGUUCGCGCAAAAGACAGUGGGGAGCAAGUUGGUUAGAACAAUAUUCAAUAUUGUUUUCUCGAGGAUUCAAAGAACGGAGACAUGACUAUUUUAGCUGGUUGAGAAUUACACAAGUUCUUUCCACUGCAGUAAUUCUAGGAUUACUUUGGUGGCAAUCAGAUGCUAGCAACCCAAAGGGUCUUCAAGAUCAGGCAGGAUUGCUUUUCUUUAUAGCCGUGUUUUGGGGAUUUUUUCCUGUGUUCACUGCAAUAUUCACAUUUCCUCAAGAAAGAGCAAUGCUGAAUAAGGAAAGAGCAACUGAUAUGUACAGAUUAAGUGCAUACUUUGUGGCAAGAACUACAAGUGACCUUCCAUUAGACCUUGUAUUACCAGUGCUCUUCCUCCUAGUUGUUUACUUCAUGGCUGGUUUGAGACUCAGUGCAGGACCCUUUUUCCUUAGUAUUCUUACUGUUUUUCUCUGCAUUGUAGCAGCUCAGGGACUUGGACUUGCUAUUGGGGCAACACUGAUGGACUUGAAAAGAGCAACGACUUUGGCUUCGGUUACUGUCAUGACUUUUAUGUUGGCUGGUGGAUUUUUUGUAAAGAAUGUCCCGAUAUUCAUAUCUUGGAUUCGGUACUUAUCUUUCAACUACCAUACAUACAAGCUUUUGCUGAAGGUGCAAUAUGAACACAUUACACCUAGCAUAAAUGGGAUCAGAAUUGACAGUGGUAUCAAUGAGGUUAUUGCUUUGAUAGCUAUGGUAUUUGGUUACCGUUUAUUGGCAUAUUUUUCUUUGCGAUGGAUGAAAGUUCAGCCAUAGUUGUGAAGAAGGGUGAUAUUGAAUGACGGCUCAUAAUUAUAAUUAUAUCGUAAUUAUUAGGAGGACUAUACCAAAUGAAGUGCCAAAGCUUUGUUUGGCUACAACAGCUAAUCUUGUGUAUAUUGUGUUUCGUUUGGCAUGUUCUAAUAACAAAAGCACGUUCAAUGUUAUCAGCUACCUAACACUGCCUGCUACAUCUGUAUGAGGUUACAUAGAUAGAUUUUUCUUCUGUUGUUGGAGGGAUGCUAAACAAUUUUAAUGGGGGAAAUCUAAUUUUCAAUCUUUGCUUUUACAAUAUGGUAAGCUAAAUGUUGAAUGUAUAUUUUUGUUUAGCGGGCAAAUCAGACAAGGCCAAAUAACUGGCAAAAGCGAAGGACUUGAACUGUGGCGGAGCCAGAAAUUUUACGGAGCCUGGGCAAAAAAAUUUAUACCUUGUUUUUACUAAUUUUACAUCCUGUUUAUACUAAUUUUACCCUUAAUUUUGUCUAAAAAUUUUACCCUUAAUUUUGUCCAAAAAUUUUACACCCUAUUUUUAGUAAUUUUGCCCUUAAUUUUGUAUAAAAAUUAUUAAUUUUGCCCCUAGUGCUGUCUAAAAAAUCAACUAUUAGGUGGGGAGUAUACAACGAAAGAAGGGGUUGAACCCGGGCGCGUGCCCGGGCUCGCUGGGCUAUAGCUCCGCCCCCUGCUUGAACACAAAAAUAGAAAAAUUCACAAUCCAUCUUAGGGAGGAAAAGUGAAUCAAGAAACACUAGUGAGAAAAAUGUGUAAAAAGUAUCGUCCAUUCCUAUUUUGAGAAAAAAAGUUGUUUUAAGUGCGGUUUUUUCCCUUUCUUGCUUUUGUUUGCCUGAAUUGCUUAGGUUGUGUUACUUCAGUAGGAAUUUAAUUUUCACAAUUUAUUCUAACGGCUAGUGAUAAAAGGAUUUUCUUAUUGGAGUUACUAAAUGAGGA